AUGUCUGAAGACUGCUGUGCUCUUAAUGCUGAUGGCUCCCUCAAGGAUGCUUCCGAUAUCACCUUCUUCAAUGAUCCUGACGAUGAAGUACCAUUGCCCCAGGUCCCACCUUCCGCCCAGCCAUCAUCUUCAACUACAUCCACAAAAGAUGCCUUUUCCAUUCUGCUCAAGGCUGGACACCCCAGCAACAGUCACAGCUGGUUCUCGGCACUCUGGCCAGCCCAUGGACAUAUGUCAGCAGCAGUAGAGGCAGAGGGGCAUGCAGCUGGAGCAAAUGUUCGGAGGGCAUCAAUGAUGCUCACUGAGUGCAGUAUGAUUGGCCUGCAAGAGGUCACAAUGGACGGGUCACAAUGGGGAUUGCUCAAACAAGGCCAAAGUCAGACUAGUCCUCACCAUUUCACCUGCUCCUCUGCCGCUGAAACCCUUCCACAGAAUACCGACUUCUCCGAGAGUCUCCCCAUUCCAAAUGGGUGGAUAGUCCACCAGUGA